AUGGUAUCAGGGCCUCGGGAGACAGCUUUACCUAACUCUUCAGAAAUCUACCCUGGAGGAGCUGAUCUUCUGAUCGCCUUGGAGAGGAUGAAGAUCACAAGGCAGCUGUCAGAGACACUCGGAGGGGGCUGAGGUAGAGACAAGACCAACAGUGCCCCUGAACAGAUGGGCCCUGAAGACGACAGUCGUGGUGGCCGUGGCAGUGGCCUUGGAGGGGCCCACACCCGUGCUGCCCCUGGGGACCUUCCCUCUGGACCGGGACUCCUCAGCUCUGCACCAGAGAUUGUGCGCAAGGGCUUGAAGGUGGGGUCUAACAGAGUAAGUGACCAGGUUUCAGCGACGGCCUCGAAUGAGGUGCAGGGGCCAGGGAGGGUACGCAGAGAGCACCCCUCACUUCCCUCUGACAUCCCGCCAGGCCGGGGCUACGCGGAAAAGGUGACCCUCAGUCGCCACAUCUUGGAAAACGCCCUCAGCCGCCGCCUCCACCUCGUCAGCCUGUCUGAGAUUGCCUUUGGGAAACUGGAGACCUACAUCAAGCUGGAGAAGCUGGGUGAGGGUACCCAGGCCACCAUUUACAAAGGCAGAAGCAAGCUCACAGACGAGCUCGUGGCACUCAAGGAGAUUAAACUGGAAAAGGAAGAGGGGCUACCUUGCACCACCAUCUGGGAAAUGUCUCUGCUCAAGGACCUCAAACAUGCCAACAUCAUCGCGCUCCUUGACAUUAUCCACAUGGAGAACUCCCUCACCCUUGUCUUUGAGUACCUGGACAAGGACCUGCAGCAGUACCUGGAUGACUGUGGGACUGUCAUCAACAUGCACAACGUGAAACUGUUCCUGUUCCAGCUGCUCCGUGGCCUGGCCUACUGUCACCGGAAGAAGGUGCUACACAGAGACCUCAACCCCCAGAACUUGCUCAUAAACAGGAGAGGAGAGCUCAAGCUGGCUGACUUUGGGCUGGCCCGGACCGAGUCACUUCUCAUGAAGACCUACUCCAACGAGGUGGUGACACUGUGGUACCGGCCCCCCGACCUCCUGCUCGGGUCCUCGCACUACUCCACCCAGAUUGACCUGUGGGGUGUGGGCUGCAUUUUCUACAAGAUGGCCACUGGCCAGCCCCUCUUCCCGGGCUCCGCAGUGGAGGAGCAGCUGCACGUCAUCUUCCGCGUCCUGGGAACCCCAACUGAGGAGACGUGGCCGGGCAUCCUGUCCAACAAAGAGUUCAAGGCACGCAACUUCCCCAGGUACCGCGGCAAAGCCCUUCAGAGCCUUGCACCCCGACUGGAUAGUGAUGGGGUUGACCUCCUCACCAAGCUGCUGCAGUUUGAAGCUCGCAAUCGGAUCUCCGCAGAGGAUGCCAUGAAACACCCAUUCUUCCUCAGUCUGGGGGAGCAGAUCCACAAACUUCCUGACACCACUUCCAUAUUUGCCCUAAAGGAGAUCACGCUACAAAGGGAGGCCAACCUUCACUCUUCGUCAAUGUCUGACUCAGACAGGCCAGCUUUCCAUGGGGUGGACACGGAGUUCUAA